CUUUUGUGAUAUUUGCGACCUCAGCGAUAAAAAAUGGGUCUAGAAAGCCUUCAGAAGGAGUCCGAUUCAGCCCAAGAAUCGUUGAGCAAGGAUCACGGCUAUGAUACACAAUUCGCCGCCGCAGCUGAAUCCGCACACGUGCUACGUGUGCAACGUCUCCUACGAGGACAACCGCGCCCUGGAGGCGCAUCUGGAACAACACGUCGCCAUGCUACCGUACCGCUGCGAGCAGUGCUCCACCCAGGACUGCCCAAAGGUGGCCAAAUCGUUGGUUCAGCUGAACAAGCAUCUGCGCACGCACCAGUACGCGUUCCAGUGCGGCCGCUGUCCGCUGCGCUUUCCGACGAAAAAGUCCCGCAAGCUUCACAUCUACCACGUGCACUCGGAUUCCAGCGCCGACGGGUACACGUGCCAGAUUUGCGGGCAAUUCUUCAAACAGCGUCGACACUUCCGGGUGCACAUGACCAACCACCGGGCCAAGGAGAAGGAAACGUUCAAGUGCGCGCACUGCGGAAAGCCGUUCAACAACGGCACGCUGCUGAGGCGGCACGAGCUCAUUCACACCGGGGAAAAACCGUUCGAAUGUGACAGGUGUGGGAGGCGGUUCAAUCACAAGGACAACUUCUUGGUCCACAAGCGGAAACACAUCGAUGAACGGGGUUAUCGCUGCAGCGAGUGCGACAAGCAAUUUUUCGACGCGGUCAACCUGCGGUACCAUAUGGCAACUCACUUCCCGGACGACCCACGGUACAGGCGACCACUGCGAGAACCGGGAGAUCCGGACAGGCAGUACUUUUGCGACGUCGAGGGUUGUGACUACAGUACGCGAAACGCUUCGACGUUGCACUACCACAGAGGCACACACGACAAGAAGUUCCAGUGCGAGUUUUGUCUUUGGCGCUGGCCAACAAACGCGUGUCUCAGGCAGCACAUUCGCCAGGUUCACGAAGGUCGACGACUGCCACGCCGGUUCCAAUGCCCUCAUUGCCCGAAGAAGUUCCCCAGCCGGCAAAAGCUGGACAUGCACGUAGACGUGCACGAGAACAAUCGCCGGUUUCGGUGCCGUUUUUGCGACCGGACGUUCGUGCAGAGCGGGAACUGUACCCAGCACGAGCGAACGCACACCAACGAGAAGCCUUUUGGUUGCACGUACUGUUCGUCCAAGUUUACCACUGCUAAGGGUCGGAAGCGGCACGAGGUGGCGCGGCAUUCGUCGGCGGAGCAGCAGGUGGGCACGCAGGUUGGGCGGGAGGAGGUGGUGGAAGAAACGUCGGCCGCUAAGGAUCUUAAGGUGAUUGUCGAGAUGAUCGGCGUGGACGAGUCGGUCCUGCUGGAGGCUGCACCGCUGGACGGCGUCGUGCAUGAGGGGGUGCAGGGAUUCCAAAUCGUUGAGAUGCGGCAGGAUGGGGCGAAUUCGCAUGCCAAUUUUAGUCCGGUUGUCGUGUUUGAAAACCAAGAAUCUCAGUAGCGCAAAGUCAGAUUUGAAUAAAAUGUCCAGUUGAUUUCAGCA